AUGUGCAGGGCAUACUUUUUGAGUCUAGGGUCAGGAAAUAACACACUGGUAAAAAUGGAUGCGGUUUUGAGUGAGGAAAGAGGCUGUCUUGCAAAGUCAAAGGUGGUCUGGAUCUCCAAGCAAUCCCACUCAGAUGGCUCGCUCGGAGUCACUCCCGGAAAUCUCAUCUGGAUCAACUCUUGUUUUUCUGUUAUUGUGGACUGCUCCUCACGUUCGACCUUAUCUAUCAUCUUCCAUCUGCUCAAAAUGAACCCUUCCGACACUCUCAGGACUGAUUCUAACAUUUCUCACACAAAUACUCCUGCAAAAUUUGCCCCUGCAGCUAGUGAUCACCCUAUAAUGCCUAGCCAGGUGGAAUAUUUUGAUCCUUUCUGCCCAGCACAAGCUUACAGUGUGCGUGAAAAUUCCCACUUCCUCAAGGGUCCAGGCCAUCCACGGAUGCAUCCUCCCCACACCAUGUAUCGUGAUUUGGAGUAUCCAUCUCCCUGCAUGUACAGCCCGUCCCUUUAUCCUGCUGGACCAUUACCUCCUAGUCCUGAUACCUCUGGACUGGUGCCUCCCACUGUUGCAAACAUCCAACCUCCAUCUAUCCUUCCAAUUGCUUUUGCAGAGGCUGUGUCUGACAAAGAGCUCAAACAACCAAUACUCACACCUGCUAAGGGUCAGAAAUGCUCGUCAGCACUAACUACUUGUCGUAUGGAGAAACCCACAGGAGAUGGCGAGCUGCCUGAAUAUGUGGAACUUGCUUGUCAGAUUGAGGAUUCCAUGAUGAGGAAGUCAGGGAUGAUUGCACUUGAUGACUCUGAGUGGGAUGAAGGUGAUAUCAGGAGUGAGAUUGAAGGGAAAGAUGUUCUAGAAGUGUCAAGUGAGUCUGAUGAGGGAGUGAGAGGUGCAAAUGCAAAGCACACAGGCCUGAAGAAGACAGUUGUCAAGGCAUUUCGUGCAAAUCCUCUCCUUGAACCCAGUGCUUGCCGACCUCAUACUACUGCUGCUUCUGAUGCAUUGUUGUCACUGACAUCUGUCUUUAAUCCUGCUGCUAUCAAGGAUCGUGACGAGACUUGGCUCUCAUCACUUGUCCAAUUCAAUCAGAUCAACACUCUGCAAGCUGAACUUCAUGAAGCAAGGCAAUGCAUUGAAUCACUCAAUGACCGCCUCACGCAAGAGUGUCGUCACGCAGAUUGUGCAGAGAGCCAAGUCAAAAUGCUCAAGUACAUGUUAUCAUCUCAGAAUGAGGCUCAUACCCCUGCUCAUCCUCCUGCUCAUCCCCGUCAAGCUUUACAAUACCAUUUCACCUCUCCCUUAUGA